CAUGGUGUCAAAAGAAAGAUGCGGCCCGGACGGAUUCUGGGCUUCAUUAUCAGCCUGCUGGUGGUCUGCACAGUCUUCUCAUGGAGUGCCUUGUCGCUGGCUACAACAGUGGCCAAGGAGCUGGAGUCGGUCGUUGAGGGUUCACCUGAGGCAGCAGUGCCCCAAAGAACUCUGCUGCAGCACCAAAACCUCUCAGUCGCACUAGAGGACACACCACUGGCCAUGCAAUCGGCUGAUUUAGAGAUGAAUCAUGGGGACUACCCAACGGACUACUUCAGUGUGGAGGACAGACGCAAGGGCUAUGUGGUUUUUCAUAUGUUUGGCAUGUUGUACAUGUUCAUAGCCUUAGCCAUUGUCUGCGAUGAGUUCUUUGUUCCUGCUCUCACUGUAAUCACAGAGAAGCUGCAGAUUUCUGAUGAUGUAGCAGGAGCCACCUUCAUGGCGGCAGGUGGCUCAGCCCCAGAGCUCUUCACCUCAGUCAUAGGAGUCUUCAUCUCCCACAGCAAUGUGGGUAUCGGUACCAUUGUGGGCUCUGCCGUCUUCAACAUCCUGUUUGUGAUCGGGAUGUGCGCCCUGUUCUCCAAAGAGGUGCUGAACCUCACCUGGUGGCCUCUGUUUAGAGAUGUCUCGUUCUACAUCAUUGGCUUGCUCAUGCUCAUCUAUUUCUUUCUGGAUAAUCAAAUCACGUUGGGGGAAAGUAUCAGCCUGUUGAUGUGCUACAGCUUCUAUGUGACAUUCAUGAAGUUCAAUGCCAAAGUAGAAAUUGUCAUCAAGGGCUUUUUGGGCAGCAACCAGGUGGACGAGCUGGAGGCUGCACCAAAGGCAAAUGCACCUGGAGAUGACGAAAACAAGCUGACGGCCAAACCCAGGCUGCAGAGGGAAGGCAGCUGUGCCUCUCUACACAACUCACUGAUGAGAAACAGCAUCUUCCAGCUCAUGAUCCACACACUGGACCCCCUGAGUGACGAAGAACGUUUCAAAGAGAAGGCGUCGAUUCUUCACAAAAUGGCCAAGCAGAAGUGCAAAGAAGAAGCUGCCAAUGCCAACGGUGUAGCUGAUAAAAACAUUCCCAACAGUUCUAACGUAGCAGUGGAAGUCACACCACCCAACGGUGUUGUAGCAGGAAAUGAGGUAUGGCUUUUAGCUUUCCUCCAAGGUGGUGAGGAAGAUGAUGAUGAAGACCAGCCUCUCAGCCUGGCCUGGCCCGACACCAUCAGGAAACAGAUCACCUAUCUCAUCAUCCUGCCCAUCGUCCUUCCACUGUGGAUGACACUGCCAGACGUCAGGAGAGAGACCUCAACAAAGUUCUUCGCCAUCACUUUCCUCGGCUCCAUUACUUGGAUUGCUUUCUUCUCCUACCUGAUGGUGUGGUGGGCUCACCAGGUUGGAGAAACUUUCUGGAUCACAGAGGAGAUAAUGGGUCUGACUAUAUUAGCAGCUGGCACUUCGAUCCCCGACCUGAUCACCAGUGUCAUUGUAGCACGAAAAGGCCUGGGUGACAUGGCUGUGUCCAGCUCGGUGGGCUCCAACAUCUUUGAUAUCACUGUGGGUCUGCCAUUCCCCUGGCUCAUCUACAACAUUGUCAACGACUUCAAGCCGGUACAGGUUAGCAGCAACGGCCUGUUCUGCGCCAUCGUCCUCCUCUUCCUCAUGCUGCUCUUCGUCAUUAUAUCCAUCGCGGCUUGCAAGUGGAGAAUGAGCAAGAUUCUGGGCUUACUCAUGUUCUUGCUCUACUUCGUCUUCCUCAUCGUCAGCGUCAUGCUGGAGGACAAAGUCAUCGUCUGCCCCAUUACCAUCUGA